AUGUCUAUAGCUAACAAGUUUAGCGGCAAACCUUGCGAAGUAAAAAUUACUGGGACUGUCAACGACAUUAUUGAAGAAGGUGCAUACGCUGACGUGGCCGUAAAGCUUGGUCGUAUCAAGAUCUUGAAGAAGACUUUCGACGUUUGUGAAGCUUUCAGGGAUUACAACACCACCAUUCAAUGCCCAGUCAAGCCAGGGUCCUAUGAAGUCACUCAUACCGUGCAUCUGCCCAGAGAAAUUCCGUUGAUAUAA